AUGGUUAAUACUAUACCUAAACAAUAUGCAUUAGCUUCUCGUCACGGAAAUAUUACUGUAAAUUCGUUAAUUAUUAAACCAAAACACGCGUCUAUCCUUGUUAACUGGAUUCAAAGAAAUAAUUCUAAUACAAGAAUUCCAAAGGAUAGUAAAUAUAACUUUAAACUUAUUCAUCGUGGUAGUAGAGACGGCUAUGAUAUCAAAACUGUACGUAGAAGGUGUGUCAGAAAGGGAGCAUGUAUUGUGAUCAUUAAAUCUAAAGAGAAUAAUACGAUAAUUGGUGGUUAUAAUCCUCUCGGUUGGCAUUACUGUGAUCCUCAACUACCAUAUCAUAUAGUUAAAUAUUAUUGGUCUAGUACUACCGAAAGUUUUAUUUUUUCUUUAGGUGAUGGAAAAGAUUUAAAUAAUGUUAAAAUUAGUCGAGUUGUUAAUAGUGAUAAUGCAAUAUAUGAAGUUGAUCAUGAAAAUAUUCCAUUAAAUUUUGGCAAUAGCGAUUUGGUUAUCAAUAACAAUGCUGGUACGUGCAAUCAAGCACAUUAUGAAUGUAGCAUUUUAGAUACAAAUAAUUUCACCAUCGAAGAAAUGGAGAUUUUUAAGUUCAUAAAGGGUGAAUGA